CAAAAAGGCACGUGACACUGCUAUCAAGUAUUGCGAAACCGCAUUAUCGCUCUGUUCAGCAACAUUAAUGAGUAUAUAACAAGUACAUUGAUGUGUCUAUACCAUACCUAAGUAUUAGAUUUUCUAUGUAAAUCAAAAUGGUACAUGGAACCGGAAGUUUUGGUGGUGGUGGUGGAGGAGGCGGAUUCAGUGGUGGUGGUGGAUUUUCUUUCAGCGCAACUACCUACCACACCCAUCACUAUCAUUCAAGGAGAAGUGGCGAAGCUGGCGAUUGCGACUGCUCAUGGAUUUGUGUGUGUUUAUGCUGUCGUGGACAAUCUUUUCAAGUCCGAAUUUGCACGUUGUGGACAUGGAUCGUAGCAAUAAUUUUGAUAACCUCGUUGAUAACAGUUUUCCACGUGAACAAAACACAAAAGAUUGAAGCUACUGUAACUGAUAUGCGAAAAGUUCCGAAGACGUUUUCGGAAACUUUCUGUGAUGGUGUUACCGUUACGUCACACAAAUCAACGUUUAAUGCAUAUUUAAUGGACGGAGAACCGUCUAAUUAUCUAGGAAAGCUACAGCAUAUUACCUUUCAGAAGAAAACUCAAAUAAAAUACAAUAGUUAUGAAUACUGGGGAUUUUACUUGCUGGCAAACUCCAGGAUUGAAAUUUCCGCAUGCCCGGAUUCUUCCCUUGACUUCGUAAUCAUUAAAGGAGAAAAGGAUUUCAGCAAGUUUAAAAAAGACGAAUGUUUUUACUCGUGUAGUGUUUUUAGUAAAACUUUUUAUUGUUAUUCUAACAAACCGCGUGUGUAUCAAUACACAGUUAAGGCAGAUGACGAGUAUUACUUAAUAUUUGCAAAUCGAUAUAUUAUGCCGUUCCCAACUGGCCUGGCGGUCAAUUUCACUUUGGACAAACGUUUGUAUGAUGUUUCGAAUCAUGUGGAAGAAUGUGCUAAUUCGGAGACUUCUCCUACUUGUACUCUAAAUUUCCACUCACUACACAGCCAUCCAUCUAUCGUUCUAAACGUCACUUCCAGUUCCGACUUGGAAGGAGAUGCUGAAAUCGAAGUAGCUUGCAUUUCGAGGAAAUGGGUAUACGUUAUGAUAUUUUUUCUAGUCCCUACAGUCCUUGGAUUAUUAGGAACAAUGCUUAUAGUAAAAAAAUACCGAAAGAAAUCGACAAACACACCAACUUCUACUCGUUCCAACGCACCUUUCAAUGCACUUCCGAGUGUUUUGGAAGAAGAAAGGCAACAAGCAUCUGCUCCAGCGGCAGGGCCCGGCUACGGUAGUGUGACGCCACCUCCCAAGUACGAGGAAAGCGGAGGAGCUCCCCCAAGUUAUGAAGAAGCUACACGGAAGUGACGAGAUCCAAAUCUGAGCAAAAUUUUACUUUGUGUUGACAGGUUAACAAUGAAAAUUGAAUGUGACGUUUAUUAUUGAAUUUCUAGACAAAAAGUGAUAUUUUUUCUCAGGAAAACUUUUUACAUUUUGUGCAGACUCUUAUGCUCGGGUAUCUCUUUGAAAAUCUCAGAAUGACUUUUUGUUUUCUGAAGAUACAUUUAUACUAAAGUUUAACUUUUCUGAAAAAAAAAUUAUUUUCUCAUAUGUUGAAUUUAAUGAUAUACCUGAAAAAUUUAACAACUGACCAAGGAAUUAUAUUUACCAGACUGAUAAGUGCAUAUUAUCAUUAAGAAAAAUUAGGGGCCAAUUUGUUGUGAGGAAAUAUUGAUAUUCAUAUACGUGUACAAUCAUGUCAUUUGACACAGUCAAUUUGCUGGCAAUUUAAUUCAUUGGUAUAUAUGUAUAUGUGUAUUGACUUUCGUAUUUUAUAGGU